UCUAUAUAACAGCCACCCCACCACCACCACCACCACGACUAGCAUUAUCACCACCAACCAUUUGAACAGUUUGUACACGUUUUAUACGACAGUGGGUGCUUGGGCACCACCGGUGAUGGAGCCAUCAAGUGUAGCUAGAAAUCCAGCACCACGUCUUGUAUUUUUAAUUGUAACAUUGUCACUCACAUUAGCAGCUACUGGUCUACUGUGUGGUGCAAUAAUGUCAGAUCAUUGGGAAGAAGUUGGAUGGGACAAAGAUGCAUUAAAAAAAUCAAAUAUCACUCCCACGUGGUACUUAAAUGGACAAGUUGCAAUGUUAAAUUCACCAACACGUUAUCACAGUAAUAGACAAACUUUUCUUGUACCAAUGCAUGGUGGAAUUUGGACCAUGUGUGUUUCUUUAACCGAUGAAGAGAUUCGACUUCUUGGUCAGCUUGGUUUUCCCCAAGAACGAUGUAUUAAUUAUUUAACACCUGAUGAGGCACAUGAAGAAAUUCGAGCAGCCUGGCAAAGUCGAAUGCAAAAUUUGAGUAUCUCAUGUUCACUGGUCUGUCUAAUUGUCCUUGGAAGUGCGGUACUUGUUGGUUUUUUUGGUCUAUGUAGACAUCAAAUAUCAGCUGUUCUCGUGACCGGUGUAAUGUAUCUACUAGCAGCAACUUUUGCAUUAUUUACCUUGACAAUAAUUCAUUACAAACGAGCCCAAGACAGAGGUGCUAGAAUAUUUGAUGGAGGACCAGAGGAUGGUGUUGUUGGUGGACCAGCACCAAAAAAUAUUCUUAAUGCAAGAAUAUUUACAACUUCAUGGAGUAUGGAUUUUGGUUGGGGUGGUGUUACACUAUGUACUCUUGCAUCUGUUGCCUGGAUUCUUCUCAGUAAAAUUUUGAGAUUCAGUCCAAUAACAAUGAUUACAGCGUAGCAGUGGGAUGCCGUCGAGGUGUAAAAAAAUUAAUCGAUUGACUCAACAACACAAAGAAAUUAUUGAACAACCUGAUGUUGAUUCAAUAGUAAAAAAAAUGUAAUAAAAUAUUGAGCAUGAUUGGCGAGUCACUAAAUCGUUUGAAAUAUCAAAAUAAAAAACCUCGAUGGCAAAACAAAUAACAAAUAAAUAAAUAAAAAUUAAUUAAAAAUAGACAGCUUAUUGCUUAGCAAAUAAUGUUCUAAAUGUCUCGAAAAAAAAAAAAAUUAUAUCAUGGACAAAAAUAUAUAUUAAUUUCCAUCGAUUUGUGUGAUAAUAUUUCAAAGUGCCACUUGCUGUUAUUAAAUUUUUUGGCUGGUAAUUUUCAAGGCUAAAAUAUUCGUUACAUAUUAAGUACAAAAUUAAACAACACAUAAAAACGCACACUUUUUUUUUGAUAAUUAAUUAGAAUUUAUGUUAAUUUUUAAAUCAUGAAAGAUAAUUUACAUUGACCAAGAUUUAAACAACGAAAAUAUUGUCAUAUUAUUUUUUUUGAUAUUAAUAAUUUUGCUAAUGAGUUUGCUUUGUAUUGAUAUUUUUUUAGAAGAAAUAUAUUUUGCACAUUGAGAGGCAAACAACCAAUCAUAUUGAUGUGUAUUGUUUAGGGUGAAUAUCAACUAAAUCAAUAAUUUAAGAAUAAAAAUAAUCAAAGCCUAUUUGCAUUUAUUAUAUAGCUUUUGCUAUUUGUAAGCUAGAUGUAUUUAUUUAUUAAUAAUAAACACUGUGUUUGUGAAAAUAUUA